AUGUCAGUGUUUCAUGAUGAAAUAGAGAUUGAAGAUAUGGAGUAUGAUGAAGAGUCAGAAACCUAUUCUUAUCCUUGUCCAUGUGGUGAUCGAUUUUUAAUUACAAAGGAAGAUUUAUUAUCCGGUGAGGAUAUUGCACGUUGUCCUAGUUGUUCGCUGUAUAUACGUGUCAUCUACGAUAUGGAAAAUAUAUCAUCUACUAUACAAGAAUCAUCAGUUGGAAUUAUGGUUUCGUGA